ACACGGAAUCGCUGGAGGAGAGACAAUAGGCAGGAUAGAUGUCACCAUGAUGUUUGGAUUUUCACCAUCAAGAGUGUUGGGCUGUGAGGCGCAGGUGACAAAUCAGUGAGUUUAGAAGUUUCGGAGGAUUUUUAUUUUAUGUUGCCAACCGAGAUUCCGGGAGGAGUGUGUUUCACCUCAAGCGAUCAUAUUGAGGGAAGGAGAGAAGGGAUGAAAACUGAGGAGAACCAGCAGUCCUGUCUCCAGCAAACUCAAUCCUCAACGCCAUUUGGUCCGGACUACACCGGGGCAGGUGAGGUGUGCGCGGGCUGCGAUUCCCCCAUCGCCGACCGCUUCUUGCUGCGCGUGAACGAGCGCUCCUGGCACGAGACGUGCGUCAAGUGCACGGUGUGUCUGAGCGCGCUCACGGGGACUUGUUACUGCCGGGACCGACUGCUCUACUGCAAACACGACUAUGAGAAGCUGUUUGUGAGGAAGUGCAGCGCCUGUCUGCAGGUGAUCGGACGCUCGGAGCUGAUCAUGCGAGUUCUGGGACAGGUGUACCAUCUGGGCUGCUUCAGCUGCUGUGAGUGUGAACGUCGGCUGCAGAGAGGUGAUGAGUUUGUGCUGAAGGAAGGCCAGCUGCUGUGUCGCAUGGACUACGAGAAGGAGAGGGAGAUGCUGGCGGCCAUCAGUCCCACACCCACCGAGUCAGUGAAAAGUGAAGAUGAAGAUGGUGGAGGAGGCUCUGGUGGGGGAAAAGGAGGGGACGAAGGCAAGGAGCAUAAACGUUCCAAGCGUCCGCGAACCAUCCUGACAACCCAGCAGCGACGUGCUUUCAAAGCGUCCUUUGAAGUGUCUGCUAAGCCUUGCCGCAAGGUGAGGGAGACGCUCGCUGCUGAGACCGGACUCACAGUGCGAGUUGUGCAGGUGUGGUUCCAGAACCAAAGGGCUAAGAUGAAGAAGAUAGCUCGCAGACAGCAGCAACAACAGCAACAGCAGCAGGAGCAAGAGCAACUGGGAGGAGGCAGGAGAGGAUCCAGCCGAGGCGGGAGGCAGAGCAACGACGACAGCGAGGAUGGCUCCAGCACACACGGCAUGGAUGGAAUGUUGGGGUACGGCUCUCUCCCGCGACAGCAGUUGCUAACUCUCGAUCCAAACAUCUAUGGUGGUGAGCCAUUUCGACAUGGACUCACACCGCCACAACUGGGUAGUGAGCAGAUCCACUCUUACGAAUCAGAAACAGUAUUCCACGACCUGGACAGCGACGGGAGCCUCGGCCACCUUGGCGACUGCCUCUUAGGAUCAGGAGACAACAGUCUUCUGCCAGGGCGAGUGGGAAACCCAAUCGAUCGUCUCUACUCCAUGCAGAAUUCCUACUUUACCUCCUGACCCAUGUAUACUCUAAACCUUCUCCCCUUUUCUUCCAACUCUCGGCCCAGAGAGGCAACUAACAGAGUCUGGCUCUCAACAGGCCUUCAGGACAUAUGUUCAUGAAACGAGAAAAACACUGACCACAGAGGACAAAAAAAAAAUCAUAAUGUUCCAACACAACAAACUCAUGCUGGAUACAAAGACAUUAGUUUAUCAUGUUGCACUUGUAUAUAAUGUUGGCACUUUUAAAGAAAGCACCCCUUGAACUGACACACACAUAAACAUAGACUCAUUUUUGCUUUCAUUGAAGCGAAAGAGAAGCAGCUUUAGAUGAGUGAAAACAGAAUCACAGUUUUGACAGUGGGUAGUUAUGAGUUGGUGUAGAAUUUGAGUGCAAUUUUAUUCUCAGGUUAGUGUGUGUGUGUUUCUGUUACCUGAGCCAUCACUCAGGGUCUUCAAUAGAUGCCAUUGAAUGUUCCCAAUGACUCCAUCCCAUACCCCGAACCACAUUAAAGUGACCGUAGAUUGCCAAACAACUAUAUAGAUAUUGACAUAUUUGAGCAUGUGUGAAGGAACCAUAAGUUAAUUUGACAAAAUUUACAUAGCCGCGGAGGCUUGCACAAUAAUGUUGUUUAUAAAGUGGGAUGUAUAACAUAGAAAUUAUUUCUAGCAUCUCAGUAAACCAGCUUAAGCUUCAAUAACAGCACUUGGGCUAAAACAAAGUUUUGUUUUGCAUGAAAAAACAAAAUAAUUGAAUGCUUUGGUUCCAUCCCACAGGUUAAGGUACUGCUCAAUUCUAUGUGCACUUAAACCAUAGCCAUUUCAAUACACCACAGACCAAAAGAAAAGGUCACAAACAUUACAGGGUCAUAUGAAGAGCCUUAUAUGGAAACAGGGUGUGCUUUAAUUUCCUUUUUAAACAACUAUUAGUGACUAAACAACAGCGAUUUUGGUACUUAGAAUUGUUAAUAUGAAUGUGGCUGUGAUGUCAGUGUUGUAGUCUGUAAAACUUACCUUCAACAACAGCGACGGUAGGUACAUAUUUAGCGGCUUCCUUUGUGCAGAACAACUGAUAUUUAAUCUGUAGCAUGAUAUUUAUGAGUCACCAAGUAGGCCAAGCAAUGGCUUAAAGCAUAAACCUUUUGAGUCUUGGAAGAAAAAAAAAACAUUGAGAUCUGGUUUCAUGCUAAUGAAAUCGAACUUAAGGGAUGCUAGUCUCCUGAGGGAUUGCUACAGCUUUCUAAAGAUCACACUGCAAUCUGGUUAAUAAUGCUUUGUAUUUUUAUUGUUUUUUGUGAUGGUAACUUAUUUGUGAAGUAAAUAUGUUUAUGUUCAGCAGUGCUGUGUUUUGCUCGUGAUGUUUCUGUGAUUUUAUCUUUAAAGAAUAUGUGCUUUUUUUGUCUGCAAUACAAUAAAACUGUUGAUUUCU